UGAACUUCAUGUUUCAUACAUUCUGACGUCAUAUUACAUUUGGCAAAGAAAAUUAAUGAGCAGAGUACAGUGUGGGCACCUUUCCAAGUAAGCAUUAAGCUUGGAUAAUGAUAAUCUUGAAGCUGUUUAUACUAAAUAAUAUUGGCUAUAAUCCUACUAAGUAAAUAAAUACAUUAAUGAAUAAAAUAGGAAUGAAUCUGGACGCUCCUUGCACUCUAUAAAUAGAGACACCAUUCCACAAGCCUCUCACAAAACCCAACACCAUCAGACUCCAAUCUUCCCAAAAAAACAAAGAUACUAAUAUUCAGAAAUGGCAACCAUGGUUAGCAAGAAAAGGUCGGGCUCAUCCGACGACCAUUGGGAGCCCUUCUCAGCCGCCAAGAAGCACCAGUCGGCGCACGCGGAGGACCCCGCGGCGGCGCUGGCGACCGCCCGGCACGAGUUCGGCGAGCACGGCGGCGUGAACAUGUCAAUCGAGGCGUCGGCCACGUUCACGGUGAUGGAGCCGGAGACGAUGCGGCGGAUGUUCAGCGGCGAGCUGGGCCCCGAGCGCGACUUCUUCAUCUACAGCCGCCACUUCAACCCCACCGUGCUCAACCUGGGGCGCCUCAUGGCCGCCCUGGAGGGCACGGAGGCUGCCUACUGCACGGCCUCCGGCAUGUCGGCCGUCUCCUCCGUGCUACUCCAGCUGUGCAGCGCCGGCGGGCACGUGGUGGCCUCGCAGACCCUCUACGGUGGGACCCACACCCUGCUGGCCCACUUCCUGCCCCGCACCUGCAACAUAACGACGACGUUUGUCGACAUCCGCGACCACGGGGCGGUGCGGCAGGCCAUGCUCCAGGGCAGGACUAAUGUGCUCUACUUCGAGACCAUGUCUAAUCCUACGCUCACCGUCGCUAACGUGCCCGACCUCUGCAGGAUGGCGCACGAUAAGGGCGUCACCGUCGUCGUCGACAACACCUUCUCGCCCAUGGUCGUCUCCCCGGCCAGGCUCGGGGCCGACGUCGUUUUGCAUAGUAUGUCCAAGUUCAUUAGCGGUGGCGCUGAUUUAAUUGCGGGGGCAGUAUGUGGCCCAGCCAGCUUGGUGAACUCAAUGAUGGACACCCAUCAAGGGAGCUUGAUGCUGCUGGGGCCCACGAUGAACCCGAAAGUGGCGUUCGAGCUCGCGGGCCGGCUCCCUCACCUAGGGCUGAGGAUGAAGGAGCACUGCAACCGUGCCCUCGUCUACGCCACGAGGAUGCAGAGGCUCGGCCUCAAGGUCAUCUACCCAGGCUUAGAGGACCACCCGGACCACGCUACGCUCAAGUCCAUGGCGAGCAAGGACUACGGGUACGGGGGGCUCCUGUGCGUGGACAUGGAGACGGAGGAGAAGGCCAACCGGUUAAUGAACCUGCUUCAGAACUGCAGCCAGUUCGGGCUCAUGGCCGUGAGCUUGGGAUACUACGAGACACUCAUGUCGUGCUCGGGCAGCAGCACGAGCAGCGAGCUGAGCCAGGAUGAGAAGGAACUCGCCGGGAUCUCCCCGGGGCUUGUUAGGAUGUCCAUCGGGUUCAAUGGCACGUUGGAGCAGAAGUGGAGCCACUUUGAGAAGGCGCUGUCUAGAAUGCAAGAUCCGACUUUGUUCAAUAAGGUAUAGCUAAGGGGUGUGGGUUAUAUGUAACUAACGGGAAUAACAUGGCUUGGCCACAGCUACUCUUUGGACUUUGCUGAUUAUUGCCUUGGUGUGGUAUAUAUGAUUUGUGUACAUCUCUGCUUUUGGUUAUGGUUUAUCUUUGCUUGUUGUUAGCAA